AACAAAGACGACAAAAAGUAGAAGAGUAUCUAUCAAGAAAAAAGACCUUCUCUGGUGUGCCCAUUAAAGAAAACCAGGCAUCGAUCAGUAGCAAAACCAGGAGAGCAACUAGAAAUAAACUGCAAGAUAAAAUACAGCUCUCAACAUCUUCAAAGCCAGAAAUGGAAAAUAAAGAGAACACUAACGAACUGUCAUGGGACCAAUCAAGCAAAACCUCAGAAAAAAAUGUUGUUAUAAACUCUUCCACAGUCACACUGACAAAUUCUGUGUCAGGGACAAACUAUAAUCCUGAAAAUCAUGCUUUCAAGGAUGAAGUUACUGAAAUAAAAUCUCAGCACGUGUCACUUAGCAAGUCCUUUUUGCAAAUAAAAAGCAUAAAAGAGAAGCAAUUGAUUGCAGAAAAACAAAAUUCAAGUAUUAGCCUACCAAAGAAACCAGUGCCUGGUACAUAUCGUGGCAGAGUUAUCCAAUCCAAGAUAAACUCCUUCCGAAAAGCACCAAAAAACGAGGGGGAAAAGAGUUCUUUGCCAGACAAGAAGCUUUUUCCUUCUGCCACCAAGCCAUCAGUGAGUUCUUUGUCCAUGAAAAGCUGUAGUGAUGUUCUGAACACCGUCAAAGUCACCAAGAACCCUAAUUCUGUAAAACCAAAUGGCGCCCUCCCAUUCCAGAGCAAACCACCCAACGAAGCUGCUAUUAACUCACAGCCCGAUCUGAAGAAAUGGCAACCAACGUUUGCUGUGGCGCUAAAGAAAGUCACGGUCAAAAAAAUGAUUGACGGAAGGGGACCGCAGCCGCUGAAGGCUGCUUCUACCAAUUCUGACUACAGAGUAGUAGGAGUGAAGAAACGACCAGUUUUUUGUGAAGAUGCAAGACCAGAAGCUCCAGGAAAACCAAUUUUUGUUGUUCCUGGUACAAAGUCAGGACAGAAUUCUAAAACUAGUGGCAACAGAAAAUCUGUUCUGGCAAAAGAACUGGCAGAAGAGAGAAGAGCUCGCCUGGAUGAAUGGAAGGCAUCUAGAGGAAAAGUGAUGAGGAGGCCUCCUAUGGCUCUGCUUGUGGCACCCCAGUCUAAAAGUGAAGAACAAGAAUUCUCUUCUCGUGAUUCUUUAGAUCAUGUAUUACAGGAUGAGAAGGUCAACAAGACUCUGGCAGAAUGUCUGCAGUUAACUGAACAGGGAUGUCGAGGCGAUGAAGUGCGUGCUAUGUUGGAAGAUCUGACACGGACCGUUCCUGGGGUUAAAAAUCUUGCAAAGUAUUGGAUCUGCUGUAUACGCCUUGAACAGAUGGGCCCUCUUGAAAAGCUUAUUGCUGUCUAUGAGGAGGCCAUUUUGGCAGGAGCAAAGCCUAAAGAUGAACUACGGCACACACUACUACGUAUUAUGAAAAACACUGAAAGCCUUUUUAAGUCUGAGGAUGAGGCAACUGUGAGAGAAGCUCAUUUAAGUGAGGUAGUGGAAGUCAGCAAGGAACCAAUUUCAUCUGCAGAGGAGGUUCAGGAGGCCUUCAAGGAUCUUGGCUCUGAUGGUGACCAAAAGGCAGAGAGUGAUGACAAGAACGCAGAGACUAGCAGCGAAGUGGUCAAAAAAGAAGAAAUGGAUUUAGACUUGAAACCAAGAGAAGAGAUCUUGCCAAAAAAGAGUAAGAAGCACAAAACUAAAAAACAUACAAAAAAGAAAGGAAAAUGUGAAACAGAAGAGCAGAAUGAAGACAGGGUAAAAGAUAUACCCCAAGCAGUCAAUUCUCUUGAGAAUGAGGAUGACACAUCUUAUUUAAUGGGAUGCAAUCUACCUACCACACCAUGCUUGGGAAGGGUGAAGAUGUACAAUGAGGCAGAUGACUCCAGUGCUAAAGACCUGAAACUCGUUACCCCUUUGCGGUAUUCUCAACGCAUUCGGGAGAAGAUGUGCAAGGCGUUGGAUACUGUCAGAGAUCAAGAUCCAUGUGUCUCUUUGUCUGAGCAGCUGGGAGAAUUGGAAUCAAAAGCCACUCCACUUAUCCACAAACAGAGCAGUGUGUUCAAAGAAACAAGUUCUGAAGUAGAAGAGUAA